CUCCGUCGGGAGUGUCGGGACCAGUCGGCGUCAUAUAACCUCAAUUUGGUUAAAGGCGCAAACUCACCAGCUGAGUGAUUACUCCAAAAACCCUCCUAAUCUCCGUCUCGUCUUCAUGGCACGUUCAUGUUCUUUCUUGAUGAGAUAAUUUAAAGUUCAAUGUUCGAAGAGAAAAGACAUUCGAAUGUAGAAUCUUUGUCGUAAUUUUUGUAAAGAUAAAUUCGCAAAAAUAUGAGCGGUCGUCCAAAUACGUGCGCUCCGAGUAAAUCGACUGUUUACGUGUCGAAUUUACCGUUCUCCUUAACCAACAACGACGUACAUCAGUUGUUGGAAAGUUAUGGGAAAAUUGUCAAAGUAACGAUAUUGAAAGACAAGAUAACGCGUCGCAGUCGCGGCGUCGCCUUCGUGCAAUUUCUCAAGACGGAAGAGGCCGUGGCUUGUGCGAAAGGUCUCAAUAACACAGAGGUACAGGGUCGUACUCUGAAAAGUUCAAUAGCAAUUGACAAUGGUCGCAGCGCUGAAUUCAUACGCCGUAGGGAUUAUCCCGACAAGUCGCAGUGCUACGAAUGCGGCAAGGAAGGACAUUUGUCGUAUUGCUGCGGCAAUAACACAUUAGGUCCCAGAGCACCGCCGGCAAAAAAAAUUAAGAUACGAAAGAAAAAUGUGAAACAAGAGAAGUACAGUACGAGUUACUUUGAUAGCGACAGUGAUGAUGAAGCGACAAAGAAACGGCAACGUGACGUCGACGACGAUUAUGUCGAUGACACGGAAGAGGAGCCAGAAACACUGAGUGCCGUUAUCGCGCUUGAGCAAAGACGGACUGAAAUGGAACGUAGAGAAGCAACAGACGAAUAUGAUCGAAGAGAAGCCUUGCCGAGGAAACGCUAUAAAAAGAAUAAUUAUUUCAGCGACGAAGAGGAUUUUAGUGAAUAAUAUGUAUAUAAUAUGAAGUAAAAUACCGAAGGUAGUGUAUAUUGAUAAAUGUAUAUAAAUAUAAAUAGUAUCGCCUUUGUUUUCAAAGUACGAAUUUCAAGCUAUAAUAAAUACUCCCAAAUGUA